UUUACCCCUCUUUGCGUGCCAGAAAAAUAGGUUUUAGCUCAAAGCCAUAAACCCUGAUUCACAUCCCAUAAUCCCCGGUAAAAUCCUCCCUGAUGGCUUUGAGAGCGGUGGCGACGAUGGCGAUGGCUGCCCGGGUGUCUCCAAGGGGGUCUAUACGACAUUUCUCGAUAGCUUCACCUAAUUCCUUCAUGCCGCCGCCUAUUGCGGCGAUGGGGAACGGUGAAGGAACCCCUGGUCGAGAGCAAGCUCCUCCUAGCACUAACCUCUUUGUCUCCGGUCUUAACAAGCGCACUACUACAGAGAAGCUUCGGGAAGCCUUUUCUCCCUUUGGACGAGUAAUUGAUGCUAGAGUGGUGACUGAUCGGGUAUCCGGAUAUUCCAAGGGAUUUGGUUUUGUAAGAUAUGCCACCAUUGAAGAGGCUGAGAAAGGAAGAGUGGGAAUGGAUGGCAAGUUCCUGGACGGUUGGGUUAUAUUUGCCGAGUAUGCAAGACCUCGGCCAGAACGCACUCCGUGACAGAACAACAUGACUAAUUCAAAUACCUAUAACUCAUAGGACUUGAAUGACUCAAAUAAUUCUGCAACAUGCAUUCUCAUUCUUUCGGGUUUAGACACCUAUUAUGUGCUUCUAGAAAAAGGAAAUUAAGUACGAAGUUGUCAUGUUAGACUUGAACUUGCUAUAAUGUGAUGAACUGAGAUAUAUUAUUCAUGAAUAUUCUGAAAAUCAAAUCCUUUGAAUUAGAUAA